AUGGAAGCACAAAAAAUUUCAUUCUCUUCAUUGUCUUGCUAUGUGUCUUUCAGGCACGAAGUCGUCAACAUCAACCUGAAAAAUAAACCUGAGUGGUUCUUUAAGAAGAAUCCCGCUGGUCUGGUGCCAGUUCUGGAAAACAGCCGGGGUCAACUGAUCUGCGAAUCUGCCAUCACUUGUGAGUACCUGGAUGAAGCAUAUCCAGAGAAGAAGCUGUUGCCAGCUGACCCCUAUGAGAAAGCGUGCCAAAAGAUGGUCUUUGAGUUAUUUUCUAAGGUGCCACCUUUGGUAGGAAGGUUUACGAGAAGUAAAAAUAAGGAAGACUGCUCUGACUUGAAAGAAGAAUUUCGCCAAGAAUUCAGCAAGCUUGAGGAGGUUCUGACCAAUAAGAAGACAACCUUCUUUGGUGGCAAUUCACUUUCUAUGAUUGAUUACCUCAUCUGGCCCUGGUUUGAACGACUGGAAGCAUUGGAGUUAAAUGAGUGUAUAGACCACACUCCAAAACUUAAGCUCUGGAUGGCAGCCAUGAGGAAAGAUCCCACAGUAUCAGCUCUCCUCACUGACGUGAAAACCUUCCAAGGUUUCUUAAAUCUCUACUUGCAGAACAGCUUGGAGGCCUGUGACUACGGGCUCUGAUGGGGGCAGAAGUCAACAAUGAAAAUAUAUCUGAUACUUUCCUUCACCAAUAGGAAUAAAAGCAUGCUUUUACCUUAA